UUAUUUUAUUUAGUAAAUCACUUCUAUUCAUACUUAUAAAAUUUAUGAUUAAGUUAUUUUCAAUUAUUACUUAUCACUGUACGCACCACGGAGCCUAGAUAACAGGAGAGCGAACGCAAUGUAUUAGAAAUGUUCGAAAAUGACGGGACAGAUAUUUUGCCACUAGAGCGCGUUAGUGUGGCUAAUAUCAGGUUUCUAAAACCUUGUUUAUUGUUGCGGGAAUGUAACAACUGUACUCACGUGUUAGUCAAAAUAAAUUAACUAAAUCUUAUAAUUAACGUUAAAAAUAGCAAUGAGAACAAAUUUUUUAUUAUUUUAUAAUUAUUUCCAAGAUAUUAUCGUCAACUUGUUGUGUAAAUCUAUUCAAUUUCAUCUUACCUAGUCGCAAUUGAGUACAGGAUGGAAAACUAAAUUUAAAAAGUCCAAUUAAAAAUAAAUUGUAAUUUAUUAUCGUAAAUUGCACUUUUUACAAGACUAGAAAUUUCUAUAGCAUAAGUAGAGUUAAAAAACAUUUGCAUCAUUGCAUUUUUUUAUAUUAGUAAUUAAUAACUAUCAAUUAAGGUUAUAAUAUCUGUGGUACAGUGAAUAAAGACGUAUUUCUCUGAUUUAAUUUAGCAUUCUUAUUACGAUCCUUGACUCGUCCACUUGUACGCCCAUGAACAAUACAUUUAUUUACCAUUUUUAAAUAAAUAUUAUUUUUUAUAAAUUAAAAAAACAACACAAUUGCUAAUGAUGUAGUAUUGUCAACAAUUGUCAAUGAAAAAGAUGACGUUAUAAACUUGACAUUAGCGAACAUAACGAAACCUAGCGGCGUAUUUCCGAAAAUGAUCUUUCCUUUUCUUUCCAAUCGCGUUUGCUAGUUAUUUUCGUAUGUCGAUCACCCUCCUGGUAUCUAGGCUCCGUGGUCCCGAGUCUUUUCGCCAAAAAAAUCAAUGAAGUUUACCUAUAGCAAUAGUAUGGAGCAAUAAGGACCGUGCGUCUAGGGAUCCACUUUUACGCCAACUAGUGGCAAGUAUCCAAAGCAGUUGACAUCAUGUAUUUAACGUAAACAUAUGUGAUUUACUUUAAAAUAAUUAGAAAUAAAAUAUAUUUAAUUUUUUUUAAUAAUGCCAACUUCGAGAAAAAAUUGUUGUGUUCUUGGAUGUAAUAAUAUAUCACGUCGAGAACGUGGAUUCGGUGUGGAAGUGAAAUUUUAUAAAUUUCCAGAGAGCGUGUUAGGAGCCUCAUGGAAAGUAGUAAAACGUAAACAGUGGAUGAAUGCAGUGAAAAAUUACGUAAAAAAUCCAAAAGACUGGGUACCAAAUAAAUAUACAAGGAUUUGUAGUACCYUUUUUGUAAAUAAUGAAAAAUCAGAGCAUCCGUUACAUCCAUCUUAUGUUCCUUCGAUUUUUCCUGGUCGUGAAAAUAUAAAAAGAAACAUUCAAUCSUUAGAAUGUUUCCAACGAGUCAGAAAUCGUGAAAGAAACAUAGUCCACAUCAAUAAAUGUAUUGUGAGUGAAAAAAAUAGAAAUAACAUAAACAUUGAAAAUACGAUAGAUACAGUAAUGGAGCAAGAUGAUGAAGAACAUGCAAGUAGUGUUGAAGAACAUCAGAUUGAUAUUCAUGUUGAAACUGUUACGGUGAAGCCUAUGCAACGGAGCAUAAGUUGUCAAACAGAGAUAGUCACAAACGGAGCUUAUGAAUAUUUGACAUAUUUUUUUUGUAAUCUCAACUAUCAUAACGAUUUAAGCACGGCCACAGUACAGGUAAAUAUUCCAAUAAAGAAAACACAAAAUAAAAUUUGUGAAGCUAAAAUACCAAUUGUAAGAAAUGUUCAAGAUUCGAGUUGUGAUCCAUUAAAUAUAGAUCUUAAUAAAUCUUGUCAUGACAGUUCUAAUGUUAUUCGUUUUUUCCACAACACCGUACACAUACUUUGAUUUGAAUAAUUUGUUGCCUUUCUCAUCAUUUUGGCCAUGUAUAAUAUUAUUAACUACAGGUUGAAAUCCAUAUUUUAUUUUUUCCAUUGUUUUAACUUUUUUUAAUGCUAUUAAAUUUUUGUUUGGAUCAUACUAUGUUCACCAAUAAACAGUGAUUCCAGAAACUUGCUUGUCUGAUCGACACAGUGUCGUAAAAUUAUCGGGUUCUCAUAAAAAUUAUCGUACACACAGAAAAAUCAGAUCCGAUUUUGAAAAUUCCAGAUUUUCCAGAUUUUAGGAUUUUAGGAUUUAGUGCGCUCCAGUGCGCUCCAGUGCGCUCCAGUGCGCUGCAACCGAAUCGCGUAACAAAAACAAAAUCAAGACAUAUCGAAAAUUAUAUUUAAAUAUCAAAUAAUCGUAAAUUAUCGUACAAGUUGGAUUUUGGAUCGUACAAGGCUUCAAAUUAUGUGACGUAUACGAUAAUUAUCGCACGAAUGGGAUCACUGCCAAUAAAACACAAGAGAGCGCUCAC